AUGGCUGCUAGGGGAAAAUGGCGGACGCGCGGCCGCCGCUUGAGCGCGGUGCUGUUCGCGAUAUUAAUUCAAGUUGUUAAUGGUUAUGAACAAAUGUAUACAAUAUCUCAACUAUCGCCAAAAUCUGCACUUAAUGAAAGACUAGACCUAGAUGAUGUACUACAGACAUCACACACAGAAAACUUAGCUUUUAGGAUAGAACCUAGUGCUAAAUUUGAAAUAGAUGUCGAUAUGGAACCAGAAGAACAGAAUGAAGAAAAUGAAAACCACAUCAUUGUUGCAAGAUCUGCUGAUCCAAAUGACAGAGAAUCACGAUCUAUAAAUAUUGAUGAAAUUCCUACAUCUAAUCACAACGAAAUUGACAACGAACUAGAAUUACAUAACAAGAGAAAGUACUACGAAAUUAUUCCAACGAAGACAUUAGAUUUUUUACUCGAUAGAAAUGACGACGUAAUGGUUAUGUCGUCAGAUACGUUUGGUGAUAAACUUGAUUUUAAAUUUCCGGGGGAAGCCAAAAGGGUCCCGAAGGGGCGUGCACUAGCUCCUGCGGGACCCAAAAUACGGCCUACUGCAGUGCAGCCGAUUUUUGCGACAGCCAGCCAUAAGGAACAGGGUCGACAAAACUCAGAUAUACAAAAUAUAAUCACAGGAAUAGUCAAGCUAUUAAAUGGAAACGUUAAUGUGCAAGCUAAUACACAACUAUUAAAUGGAAGACCAGGACGACCUAUGGCUUCUAGAAUAAACAAUCGUGGGCCACCUAAAAUAUCAGAUGUACCUCCGCUUCCAGAUCUAGAUCAAAUCAUAACGCCUCCAGCAUAUGCAUUUCAUCCUACGAAAACGCCACCUCCUUAUCCUUUCGAUCGACCUCCGUAUCAUGGUGUCAAUUUACCUGAGCAAAUUGUUCCACCAAUGAGCUCUCAUCGGCCAGGGUUCCAUCGACCAAUGCCUCCCUGGCAGAGGCCUCGUCCAAGGCCACCAAAUAGAAGACCUAACCCUGGUCUGCCGAUUUACAAGCCUACACCUCCUCCUGCGCCUAUAGAUAUCCCGAAUUUUGAUGAUGAUAAGCCCGAAGAAGUGGUCAGUGAAAACGAAACUAGUCAUUCUGAAAAUAAUAUACACCAUGAAGAUAACGAAUCAGUUCUUACGUUUAAUUUUCCUAAAACAAGCACGCAAGAAGCUGAAAAAGAUGAAAUUCAGCUCACAACCGCUGAUACAACAUCAUCUACAUCAACAAGUACUACUACAACAUCAACAACAACAGAAUCUACAACAACUACUACUACUUCGACUACCACAACUACUGAGAAACCAACCGAAGCAGCUACUGAGAAACAAACUGAACCGCCUACUGAACAACCUACUCAAUCGGCAACCGAGAAAAUCUCUACGACAACCACCACAGAAAGACCUAAAACGGAAAGACCCGUCAAUAACAAAUCUGAAAAAGAUAAGAAAAAAGACACACAAUACAACACAGAGAAGGAUAAGCAAAAUAAAGACAAAUCUAAAGUUGCAGAUGAAAAGCCAAUUGAUAAAGUUUCUAAGAAUUCGACUUCGGUUGAUCAAUUUAUACAGCCAUCAAUUUUCGAAGUUACAUCGACUACGACCACAUCAACUAGCUCUGCAACACCGACAGAGGGUCUCAUCAGUUACGCCCCGACGGUCAGCGAAAUCUCUAGUGCUAAUGAUGCUAUCAAAACAUCAUCUAUAAAUUCUCAACCAUUACCGUCUUCUCAAGGGAUACCAUAUCACCCCUAUCGUCCCCGACCGGGCAUCGUCCUCGACGACACUGACUUCAAGCCUCACGGCUCGCGGUACAGGCCCGACGCUUCGGUGAUAACAGCACCUGAGCCACAUCUGCCAGGCUAUGGAGAGAUAUUUGAUGUGACCGUAUCUGCGAUACAGGGUCCAGGAGAGAAAGGAGGUGCCUCAAUACACAUAGAAAACUUGCACCCUGUCGGCCCCGGUGACCACGACGACAUCAUCGUGUCACCAGCAGGAUCACAGGGCUUCGUGUCGAUCGACGGGAAACGCACUUAUCUCAACCUGUUCGAUUCCACCACCACAAGCAUUCAACCGUCACGAGUACAGCCAGUGCCGCACCAAUCUUUGCCACCACAAAUGCCACCGCAAUCGCCAUUAGGACCAGCUACCGGCACAGGCGUAGCCAUCCCAGCAGAUGAUAUACCGCAGCCUCCAACUUUACCACCACGUCGCACUCACCCGGUGCACACACGACCGCAGCAGCCUUACCGCAGACCGCAGCCUACCGUACGAAUUGAUACGUGCAUCGUUGGUGAUGACUCUACCUGUGAUCAAGCGCAAAAUGAGAAGUGCAGGACAGAAGCAGGCAUCUCGAGUUGUCAGUGCAGACCGGGCUACGCUCGUAGGAUCCACAGGGAUCCAUGUCGACGCGUUGUCUCCUUGCUGCUGAACUUGAGAGUCGACCGACUGUACGACAGGAAGAUCGCCUGGGACAACAAACUAGCGGACAAGGAAUCGGAGCCGUACCAGCAACUUAGCUACGAGGCUGUUAGGGCUAUCGACUCUGCAUUCUCUAUGACUCCGUUCUCUGAUGACUUCGUCAGCGGCUCAGUCAACUCCAUCCACAAGGGCGACCAGCAGCAUCAAGGGGUGUUUGUCAACUACACUGUGUUGAUGCAGGAGACGGCGGAGACUUUGCGGGCGUCCGUGGCGACGGAGAUACAGAAGCACCUGCUGGGCGUGAUCCGGCGCCGCUCCAACAACGUGGGCGCGUCUGCGCUGUGGGUAGACUCGCCCGCCGGCAGCGUGCUGCCACUGCACGACGUGGACGAAUGUGCGUCGUCCGAGCUGAACGACUGCCACCACCUCGCCACCUGCACCAACACGUGGGGUGCUUUCAAGUGCGCUUGCCCCGACACGACGCUAGACGCGGCGGGCACUUCCAGUGUAGUGGGCGCGCGCGCGGGCCGCGAGUGCCGCUCCUGCGCCGCUUCGCACUGCAGCGAACGCGGCGUCUGCCGCUACGCGAACGGACAGCCCUACUGCAGCUGCUCGUCGGGGUACUACGGGUCGACGUGCGAGGUGGACGGUGAGGUGGUGGGCGUGGCCGUGGGCGCGUCGCUGGCUGCCGCACUCGUCAUCGCGCUCACGCUCGCCGCGCUGCUGUCGUGGAGUCGCAAGUGGUCGCGCGAGCAGAAGGCUGUAGGUAUGGGCUCACCCGUGUUCAACUACAUGGCGGCGAACACGAUAAAGACCCCACCCGUCGGACAACCGCCAUAUCAGGUGUCGAUAGAGGAGCGGAUGAGAUGGGCGCAGAUCGCCGAGGCGAUGGCGCAGGCAAAUCACUACGCGCCAGACCCCGGGCAGAUGGCAACAAGGCCAUCCUCCGCUAUGUUCGGCGGAUACCCCACAUUACCGCCCGUGCCUCUACCCAGAAUGCACGGCGGCCAUCAUACCGGGACGCUGAAUACGGUUGCCUCGAGGGCUAACACCGCUACCUCACACCUCAACAUGUACGGCUACACGAACCACUUGGCGGCGGAGUCAAGCGGCUCGGAAGCGUCCAGCCACAUGCAGGAGCGCACCGACCUGCUCGUUCCUCGUCCCAAGUCACGCGCCAGGAGCAUGCACAAUCAAACAGGCAUCUACUACGACGUGGAGUACGAGAACGCACCUGAACCCAUAUACGGCAGCAAGGGCAUACCGCUAUCCACUUACACAGUCAGCAGGGGUCCGCCAUUUUACAGGACAUAG